CCGGUUAUGAAUGAUACCCAGAUACCCCUGGUAACUGAGUACAUAUGUCAUCUCUGCGCCAUCCUUUCUUUGAUAACUACAUGGGCAAUCCUUCUAUUUCUAUUUUUUUUUAUAACCCCAAGCUACAGUCAGCUUACCGCACACCGCACUGAAUCUUGGCGGAAAGAACAUAUUAAUCACAGUACUUCAUACUUGGAUAAAUAAAUGCCACUUAAAUAUAUCACUAAACUAAAAAGGCGCCUGGAAAUAUACAUAGUAAGGUACUUAAUUAUGCCUUAUAUAUGUGUGUAUUUUAUGGUCCAUUCUGGUUGAAAUAAUAAUACAAAUUAACCCACCCCUCCACAAUGUUAAACAUGGAACAGAUUUUGAUAAUUCUGAGUGUGAAGUUGAAUGAUCAUGUUUUGAUUCAGCUUGGAUAUGACACAGGAACUGCCUGGUACAAGACAGCGGGAGACACCAGUAUUAAUCGUGAACUUGUCGAGUCGAUAAAGACCGCAAUCAAGCUAGGUUACUAUCAUCUAGAUGGAGCUGAGGUCUAUGGCCCUGAAGCAGAGCUGGGUCUUUUUUACCAAAGUGGUGUAGAGAGAGAAGAAAACUUUUUAGUAAAGGACGCUGGAAAGGCUCGAUCGAUUGUGGUUUCCAAUUUUCUGCAAUCUCACCUUGACACAGUCUCAAAAAGUGCCAGAAUUCCUCCAUCGACCAACCAAAUUGAGUACCAUCCAUAUCUACAACACGGCAAUCUCGUUCCAUUCCAAAAAGAUAAAGGGAUACAAACAGCCAGCUAUGCGCCCUUGACUCCCGCUACCUGGCGAAAGUAUGCAGUCGACGAAGGAGAGAUCUUGCUUCGAUGGUCCUUGAAUCGUAGUAUUGUUACCAUCACGACAUGCAGCAAAGAAUCACGCCUCAUCAGCUAUCCGCGCGCCCCAAAUUUUACAUUGACACCAAAAGAGAUAGACGGGAUCUCCGAACUCGGCUAG